AUGCCGAUGGGCGAGGUCGCCCCCCCCCCCCGCCCCGCAGGGAAAGAAAAACAACAACAACAAAAACAUCCCAACCACAACAAAACCAGCCCAGCAACACCCUCCAAGUGCGUGCGGGGUCCCAGGCCGCCCCGAGCCUCCGCCCCGGCGCCCCGCCGCCUACCCCGAGGUGGCGAGCUGCGUGCAGUCCCCCGCGGAGGCUGCAGGGCGGGCGCCGGGCAGCGGCGCGCCCUUAGCCCCAGCCGCCGCCGCCUGGCCCGCCCCCCGCGCGGCCGCCGAGCCGGCCGAGCCCCGCGGCGGCGUGUGCGUGUGAGGGUGCGCGCGUCGCGGCGGGCCUCGCCGGAACCGCUCUCCUCGCCUCCCGGCUUCCCGUGCCCUCGGGCGGGCGGGCUCCGGUGCAGCGAGACCCGGCCAGGAGCGGCCCGGCCAGCGCUCCACCGCGCCGCAGGGGCGCGCACACGGACGUAG